AAUGUGCCAUUGUAGGUUUCUUGGAAAUUGUUACUACUUGAUUCACUUCUUUCACAAAGUCAACUAUCACACUAUGUAAUCAUUGUUCUUUCAAUCUUCUUAUUGGCUGCUUAUUUUCUUUCACAAAGUCAACUAACCACAUUUUAAGAACAAAUCUCUUCUCACCUCUCAUCUUGCCAACAUAGUAUUGUCUUAUCCAAUUAGCACUUGACAUAUUUAGAUGAUGAGAUGACAAAUGACAAACUAGAAACACAUGCAUUGGGACUCAAUUUUCUGGUUACCGCAAACAAUUUGAUGGUCUACCCAAAUAAAUACAGGAGCUGUUUCUUCUUCAAAUUUGGGGAAUUUGAAAGAAAAACAAAUACAGAACAUGGAAAGUGAAAAAACGAGAGAGAGAAAGAGAUUGGCAGAGGAGGGAGUUGUUAGAGGUGGUUCUCCGGCCGGAGAUGGCGGUGGCGGAAAUCUCUCAUUUUCCUCUUCAAUCCAACUUCUUCAAUCACCGUACACCAUUAUCGCGGUCCUAAAAGCUCCUCCGCCAGAUGAGAUCGUGAAACUUGGUUCCUGCAGAUUCAAGCAAAGCACUUCCUCUUUCCGGUGGUCAAGCUCCUGGAGGUCACAAUAUCAUAUCUGAAAUUUACGGUUUGAUUGAAAAACAUGUAAUAACAUGUAUAUAGUAUUUAUACCGGCGAGGAAGAGAGAGUUCUGACCGAGAGAGUUGUGGUGGCAGUUCGCGGUCACACCGCGGUGCUUGGCGAUGGAGGUAAUGAAGCUUUUUUCUCCUUCUUUCCUCUGGUUCGAUCUGUUACUUUCUAUACUCAUUUAUUUGAUUUUUUCCUGUUGUUUUCUGAUUUGUUUGUUUUAUUCUAGCCUCUUUUUUUCCUACCCUUCAUUCUCUUCCUAACCAAAAUCAAAAUGGAUGCAGGGUCCUAUUCUUCAUUUUCCAUUCUUACUAAAUGAAUCCAAUUGGUGUGGUGUUUAUAAGAAUAUGAAAUUGUUGCAGAUGUGUACAGAAAAUGGUGUUUAUAAGUGUUGUUUUGUUGGUAUUCACAUCUUCACUGGCCAAAAACAUGAAGAUAUUGUUCCUUAUUCUCAUAACUGUCAUGUUUGGUUUUCAUUUUAAUAUGAGGUUAUCUUUUGGGUUUGGAUUAUAUUUUUAAUUAAUUGAUUAACUAAGAUGUGUUUGUUUGUUGUUACAACAGGUUCCUCAUAUCAAUUCUACUCAUAACUUGCUAAAUAUGAGGUAGUUCGUCGGCAGCUUCCGACACAGAGGUAAGGAUCUGUUUCUAUGUAAUUAAAAUCAUAGCUAUCACUAAUUAGCUGCAUACUACUCUUACCAAAUAAUUAUUGAUUUGUUUCUAUGUACAUCCAGGGAACAAUCUUUGUUAAAUUUUGUAGCUUUACUGUGUUGUUUCGAUUUUUUUGAUUAAUGUUUUGUUUGAAUUUUUUUCUACUCUUUUUAUCGAUUUUGAUUCUUGGGUUUGGAAAUUUGAAUGCCGAUUAUGUAUAUGAUUUAGUGCAGAGCUGAUUCUUCAAUUGCUUUUACAAUUUUUUUUUUAAAAUUUGUGAAGUUUAGUACUUAUGUUAAUUUUAAUUUUGUUUUGAUUCAUGGAUUUUAUUUUUUUUUAUUUUGAAUUCUGGGUGCAGUAGUAAUGCAAUGAGUCUUUUUGCUAAGAUUAAAGGGAAGCAAGAUGAGUUCAAAAGUCCACGUUCGCUUGGAGAGGGCAUUAUGAAAAACCUUCCUCCAUCAGAAAUGAUAGAAUCAUGCUCUGUGCUGGUCCUGAAUUUGUUAAUAUUGUCUUAUCCAAGAAGUGGAUAGCACAGAGCCUACAAAAGAUGCUUACUGACGGUAUCGAUUCCUGGGCACCUCGACUUCCAAUCACCUAAUACAGGAAAAGAAAAGCAUGUUGGUCACCUGAGGUCAACCAUUAUUGGGGACACGUUGUCACGAAUGCUUGAGUUUUGCCAGCCUGAAUGUCUGAUCCGCCGAAAUCAUAUUGGUGACUGGGGCACUCAGUUCGGAAUGCUGAUUCAAUACCUCUUUGAGACAUAUCCGAACCCAGGCGAUGUUAAUGAAUCUGAUAUUGGAGAUCUACAGACAUUCUAUAAGGCAUCAAAAUCAAAGUUUGACAAGGAUGCUGAUUUUAAGUUAAAUGCACAGCAGUUAGUGGUCAAGCUCCAGGGAGGGGAUCCCAAGUAUCGCAAGGCAUGGGAGCAAAUUUGCAAUAUUAGUAGGACUGAGUUUAACAAGGUCUAUCAACGCCUUGGUAUGGAUUUUGUGGCCUACUCUUAACUUUGUUUGUAUUUUGGUCACUUUGUUGUACCUUUGAAUGUAUUAAUGUCUUUGUUUCAAGUAUUUGGUACUAUCUUAAUGAAAUGUAUCCAACCUUCAACUAAUAACUUAUUACAAAUCUCCAUUUGAUUGUUGUGCCA